ACCAACUCUCUGGACGACGACGGAAUUCUGGUGGGUAACUGGUCCGGCGACUACUCUGGCGGCACUGCACCCACUGCCUGGGUGGGGAGCGUCGCCAUCUUGGAGGAGUACUGGAAGACGAAGCAGCCUGUCAAGUUCGGCCAGUGUUGGGUGUUCUCCGGGGUCGUCACCACGCUAUGCAGGGCUCUGGGCAUACCAUGUCGCAGCGUCACCAACUUUGCAUCCGCCCACGACGUGGACGCCUCUAUCACAAUCGAUAUGUAUUGGACCUCAGACGGCAAGCCGAUGGAGGACGCCAACUUCGACUCCAUUUGGAACUUUCACGUUUGGAAUGACGUGUGGAUGGCUCGCCCCGAUCUUCCCCCAGGGUAUAGUGGCUGGCAGGCCAUCGAUGCCACACCCCAGGAGACCAGCGACGGUAUCUAUUGUUCUGGCCCUUGUUCGGUGAACGCUUUACGUGACGGCGUAAUCACUCUGCCAUAUGACGGUCCUUUCAUCUUUGCCGAAGUGAACGCAGACAAGGUUCAUUAUAUUCAAAAGUCAAAUGGAGAAUUUAGGAGCGUCAUUCAGAAAGACAUUGUUGGCAAGCGUAUUAGUACUCGGCUACCAGACGGUUUUGCAAGGCGUGCAGUGGUUGGAAGUAUCAUAGAUGAUCCCGACAGGCACGACAUCACAUCCCAGUAUAAGCACACAGAAGGUACUGCAGAGGAGAGGGCUGCACUGAUGAAAGCCAUCUCGACCUCCACAAGACAAGAUAUAUACGAUGACGUUGGCGACGAUGUGAAAUUCAACUUUGUGGACAAAGAUGACAUAUUCAUUGGUUCAGACUUUGACGUCGAGGUCAAGGUGACAAACACAAGCGACGAGGAGAGGAAUGUCACCAUCACCCUGUCUGCCACGGUGUGCAGAUAUACAGGCGUACCAGUGGCGCAGCUGAAAAACGAACAGUUCCAAAUAAAACUGGAACCUAAAUCUGGAGAACAAAGCGUGAAGAUGGCGUGUACUGUAGACGAGUACCUUCCAAAACUGGUGGAGGGAGCAUCCAUGAAGAUAGGUGGUAUGGCCUGGGUGAAGGAGACUGGACAGGUCCAUGCAGACCUCGACGACUUCCGUCUAAGAAGACCCGAUCUCAAAGUAGAGGCGAAAUGCCUUGACGAUUCUGGAAUUUUCAGAGUCGGAGUACCAUUCGAUCUGGUGGUUUCUUUAACCAAUCCUCUUAACAAACAGCUGACGAAGUGCGAGUGGUUUAUUGAAGGACCUGGACUGCAGAAACCUAAGAGGAUAAAACACGCGUCGGAUGUGGCAGCAAAUGCCCUCGUUGACCUCACGUAUCAGAUGACCCCCCGCCGUACCGGCACUCGCCAAAUAGCAGUCGGUUUCGACACCGUGGAGCUCCCUGACAUCACCGGUAGCGCCAUCAUAGAGGUCAAACCUGCUGCUUAACAAGGAAUUGCAAU